AGAGGAAGAGGAAGAGUUCAAUCGAUCAUCGAUCGAGGACUGGAGGUGUAUACGGAUCGGAAUCUGUGUGACCGUGCAAGGCAAGUUGGUGAAGGAUGGGGAUCAGAUUCGUAUUGAUGGUGAACAAGCAGGGGCAGACCCGUCUUGCCCAAUAUUACGAGUACCUCACUAUCGAAGAAAGGCGAGCCCUUGAAGGCGAAAUCGUUCGCAAAUGCCUUGCCCGUACUGAGCAGCAGUGUUCAUUUGUUGAGCAUCGCAACUACAAAAUUGUAUACAGGCGCUAUGCUUCCUUGUUUUUCCUGGUCGGAGUUGAUGAUGAGGAGAAUGAGCUUGCUAUUUUGGAAUUCAUACAUCUCUUAGUUGAAACCAUGGACCGUCACUUUGGCAAUGUGUGUGAGCUAGAUAUCAUGUUCCAUUUAGAAAAGGCGCAUUUUAUGUUGGAGGAGAUGGUCAUGAAUGGUUGUAUUGUGGAGACAAGCAAAUCAAACAUUCUGACUCCAAUUCAGCUGAUGGACAAAGCGUCAUGAAGCAAAUGAAAUUAAAAGAAGUAUGCAAAAUGCUGACUCGGUGAUUUGUGUAUUAUUAGCUGCUCCCUUUACUAUAGUUUCUUUAUGAAUUCGGCCUUUCACAAUCAGUCUCCAAUUUUCUUCAUAAAUGACGAAGUGAAAUUCUGAGUCCAUUUCAUAUUUCUCGCCCUUGUUCUGGUUGUAUUUACUGUUGGGCACGUGCCUUCUACAUAAAAUUUAUAUGUUGGUGCGCCUGAUAACGGCUUAAGGUCAGGCAAAUGAAGCAUUCCCUGUUCCAUAAUAGAAUGUUGAAUGAUGAUCCUUGCUUUCAAA